GAGCCCAGCUGUUUGGAGACCGGAAGUGUCGGUAGCAGCGCAGCCCUCGGGCUCCAGUCACCCAGACUCCGGGAGCCAUGUCCCGCAAGCAGGCAGUGCGGAGCCGGCCCGGGAAGAAGGCCGAGCUGGAGCGGAAGAGGGACGAGAGGGCGGCUCGGAGAGCGCUGGCCAGGGAGCGCAGGAACCAGGCGGGGGAGGCGGCCGACGCCGGGGAGUUCGUCAGCUUCAAGAACCAGCUGCAGGUUCUCGGCCUCCGCCUGCGCGAAGUACCGGGAGACGGGAACUGUUUAUUUCGAGCUUUGGGCGAUCAGUUCGAGGGACAUUCCCGAAACCACCUGAAACAUCGGCAAGAGACGGUGGAUUACAUGGUCAAACACCGGGAUGAUUUUGAACCCUUUGUUGAAGAUGACGUCCCUUUUGACAGGCACGUUGCUAAUUUGGCACAACCUGGCACGUUUGCCGGCAAUGAUGCUAUUGUGGCAUUUGCACGGAAUAAUCAAGUGAACGUGGUGAUACACCAACUAAAUAAUCCCCUGUGGCAGAUCCGAGGGAUUGAGAAAGCCAAUUCCCUUGAGCUACACAUCGCCUAUCGCUACGGCGAACACUACGACAGCGUCCGACGUAUUAAUGAUAAUACAGAGACCCCAGCAAAUCUACAUACAGAGAUGCUUUCAAAAGACGAGUCCAAUCGGAAGGGGAAACCUAGGUUAAACCUCAAAGAGGACCAAACAGAACUGCAGGGAGACGCUGUGCAGAAAGUGCGCAAUGCAACUGGCUGUGCGGAUGUCAGUCUGAUCCUGCGGAGUUUGGAGGCGGAAAGCUACGACAUUGAGUCUGCAAUCCAGUUCGUUCUGCAGAUGGUGGAACUGAAACAAAUUGAUUGUGACCUGGACUGUGUGGCUGAGGGGAGCGACGCUUGGGACCCGAGUGAGUCCGAAAGAUCAGAGACCAGACCAUUGCAAGUAAAGGGCAACAUCAGCAGCAAAUUAAAUGACCAUAACACACAGAGCAAACCAGAUUUAAAUACCCCCCAGGACGUUCCUCCCGAGGACAAUUCCAGGACAGCAGAAGAAAGUAAUGAAAGCUCUGGUCAGAUAAAGGUGAGCAACAAGCAAAGGAAGGAGCAGCUGCGACAACAGAAGAAAAAGCGUCAGGAGGAGCGACACAGGCAGAAAGUGCUGGAGACACGCUGCAAUAACAUUGAUAACAACCGGCAAGAAGCAGACCUGGACCAAUCACAGAGAACCGUAGUGAAGGCGGUCGCCGCCCUGAAUAUCUGACG